GUUUUAAAUAUUCAGUUUCAUCUAAACACUUACACCUCUAACAACCCUACAAUGCAUAGUUUCGCAUUACAACAACCAGAGCCUGCAGUACUUCCUGUAAUACUUGAGAAGUUAAGACUAACGGCAGUCAUCUCAUUAAGAUUAUUAGCACAUAUUUGUCUACUUUUAGCUGAGUUUCUUGACGAAGGUAGUUCCGAACCUGAUCUAAAAGAUACCAAACCUGAACAUAAUUUUGUUUUAGCCAGCUAUCAUGAUUCGGCUGAGGAGCUUAAACAAGUUGAUACCAAUUAUUUGGACAACAUGGAGUAUACUACCAGCUCUUUGGACACCCUGCAGUACACUUCCAAUUCUUUGGACACCAUGACAUAUACAUCCCGUUCUUUGGAAAUUGUAUCUUCAAAUUGUGAAGAUCUGUGCAGGAACAGAUGUGAUAGUUUUAACAGCGUCGACUCCGGGACUGGAGAAGAACUUGAGCUUGAAAUAGACUUGGAGACGGGACUGGAGAUAUUCUCCUUGGAGGACGUCGGAGCACACUGCUUCCCUUGGGACGCCUGGACCGUGGUGUAUGACAAGGUGUAUGACGUGACCGAGUACAUGAAAAAACAUCCUGGAGGGGAGGAGGUUAUGCUGGAGUAUGUUGGUUACGAUGCUACGGUUGCAUUCAGAGGGGUUGGACACUCCAGGGCAGCAUUCAAGGUUUUAGACAAAUACAUUGUUGGUAUUCUUCCUAAACAUGAACGGAUGAACUUGAUAUCUGAACAUUAGACCAUUCAUUUCUGACUGUUCAUUUCUUGAUACUGACUACUGAAAAUAUCAUAUGCUGUACCUGAGUUAGUUGUUAUUUUUGAUAAUUUAUGUUGUCCGUUCUAUUUAUAUCCUUUUAAAUAAUAAAUAUAUUUUUGUUGAAAUAUUA